AUGUCGAGAGCCGAGAACGGCGGAAUGAACGGCGGAGAUCUGAAGAUGAACCAAUCAAACCGUUUUACGCGUGGAAUCCAGCCACUUCUGUGCCAUUCGUGCUCCGCGCUCUCCACCCAACCAAGCAGCAGUCCAUCCAUGGCUCCCACGUCCCCUCUCGAUCGCUUCAUCGUCGCACGCCUUCAUGCGAACGCGACGGCUCGACAUGCGACGGUGCUGCUGGUCGGUUGUGAUGAGCCUGCCGUCGCAGCCGUCGCCAAUGGCAUCGCCGCCAGCGCCAUCUUCCGCGAUGCUUCCCUCUCUCAGCCUGGCGCAUCUCUCUGCAGGAGCGAGGCGGAGGGGCUGGUGAUGCGCGCGGUGGGCACGGCGCUGGGGGCGGGCGUGUGGGCGCACGCGGUGGUGGUGGACGCGGGGAGCGGGGGAAGGGAAGAGGGCGUAUCCGCGGAGGGGGCGGAGGCGAGGCGGGCAGCGCUGGAGGAGGCAAUGGGAGCGGAAGCGCGGCGGGGCGUGCCGUGUGUGGCGUGGCGGGCGGAGUACGGGGAAGCUGCGGAGGCGCUGGGGGACGCCAUGGCUGGCGUGGUGCGCGCCACAGCUGCUGCUUUCUUCCCCUCGCCCCUCCCCGCGCACGCCAACAAAGACGCCCCGCCCGCCCUCGACUUUGAUGACCUGGCAAUGCUGUCAGACCACAACAUUGCCACCCGCCCCCCGUCCCUCUCCCCCUCUGCCCCGCUCGUCCGCCCUGCGGCCUCCCCUCUCGCCCGCCUGACUGCUGUGUCAGCCGCGCGCCCCGCACUCUCCUUCCAGACCAAGUGCCUCACGCCCAUGCCUGUCAUGUCGGCUUGCCACGUGGCAGCUGUCAACGGGCUGGCUGCUGACGUGUCACCCGCACAUGCAGCUGUGGGCCCCGCGAAGCAAGCAACGGCGUUUCCUGAUCUGAUGCACCUGGGACGGCAGGCGGGCAACACCUGUGACCCCAAGGGAGCGGCGGGGGCGCACAAGACAGUGGUGCAGUGGUUCCGCAACGACCUGAGGCUGCACGACAACGAGGCGCUCGCUGCCGCCCACAACCACGCUGCCGCUGUGCUGCCCGUCUAUUGCUUCGACCCGCGCGACUACGGCAAGUCGGCGUCGGGGUUUGACCGCACGGGGCCGCACCGCGCGCGCUUCCUGCUGCAGUGCGUGGCGGCGCUGCGGGCGGCACUGCGGGAGCGCGGCAGCGACCUGGUGGUGCGCGUGGGGCGGCCUGAGGACGUGCUGCCCCGCCUGGCACGUGCAGUGGGGGCGCAGGCCGUGGUGCUGCAGCAGGAGGUGACGCCCGAGGAGAGCCGCGUGGAGGCUGCUGUGGCUGCCCGCCUCAAGGAGGAGGGCGUGGAGGCACAGACGUAUUGGGGCAGCACGCUCUUCCAUGUGGACGACCUGCCCUUCGCCCUGCCCCACAUGCCCUCCAACUACAGCGCCUUCCGUCAAGCCGUCUCCCGCAUCCAGGUGCGGGACAUGGUGGAAGCACCGGAGCACCUCAAGCCCAUGCCUGUCAUGGGCAACGUGCAGCCGGGGGAGAUUCCCUCUCUCGAGGCCCUUGGUCUCUCCGCCAUUCACCCUCCCACUCAGAACGCUCACAUGACCUCGAUGCAGGGAGGGGAGGCGGAAGCUCUGCGCAAGCUCUCGGGCUUUGUUGCGGAGUCCAAGUCUGCCGCUGCUGGUUCCAAGGCCACGGCGCCCAGCAGCGGCCAGUACGGGGCGAGCUUUUCAUGCAAGAUCUCUCCGUGGCUGGCCAUGGGGUGCCUGUCCCCUCGCCGCGUCUUCCACCAAGUGCUGCAGCUCGAGGGCUCUCUCGCGCACCAGCUGGCAAGCAAGCCAGCAGCCAAAGCCAGGUUGACUGGGCCCAAGGCAGCCACUGCCACAGCUGCCAAGGAACCGAGCAUGGACUGGCUGGUCUUCGAGCUUCUCUGGCGUGAUUUUUUCAGGUUCAUCACGAAACGCCACACUCUGGGGACACCUUCACUCUCACCAGUGCUCGCAUAG